CCGCGCUUCAAGAUGUCCACUUCAAUACAAAACAAGCUUAACCAACUGGAGCGGAGAUUGAUAGAGGAAAAUAGUUCCCGGGAAAGGGAUCGAGCGAGGAAUUUUGACACCGGCUCUUCCUCCGGUCCUCGGAGACCCAGUCGGCUGAAAUGGGAUUAUGACUGCAGUCUUACUAACUUCCAUCGGCGAGGGAGCUGUGAUAGUCUUGCCCAAGGUUUGGAUUGGCCUCUCAAAUUUUUUGGAUAUGCAGAUGCCUCUGGUGAGAUUACUACAGGUCGCUCAAGUUCUGCACCAUCAUCUGGAAGAAGACGUCCAGGAGCCUUAGAUUGCUACCCAAGUUCAGCUCUUAGGCAGCCUGAUGGAGCUGAAAUUGAACAAAAGUAUCAAGAAAUAAUGCAACAGACUGGUAUUUUAAACUUGAAUGGUCAGAAACUUCCGAGUGACUGCAGUGAUUUAGAGGCUCUAGGUGAACUUGGUCAUGGUACUUGCGGGCAGGUGAUUAAAAUGAGGCACCGGAAAACAAGCAGUUUUUUGGCUGUGAAGCAAAUGCGUCGCUCCAGUAACAGAGAAGAAAACAAACGGAUAAUUAUGGAUUUGGAUGUUGUUAUGAAAAGCCAUGACUGCCCUUAUAUUGUUCAGUGUAUAGGCAUAUUCAUAACAACUAGUGAAGUAUGGAUCUGUAUGGAACUAAUGGCUACUUGCUUAGAUAAAUUAUUAAAGAAAACACGCAUACCGAUACCAGAAAAGAUCCUUGGCAAAAUGGCAGUUGCAAUUGUAAAAGCAUUGAAUUACCUUAAAGAACGACAUGGUGUGAUACACAGAGAUGUGAAACCCUCCAACAUUCUCUUAGAUGAAAAAGGCUCUGUGAAAUUGUGUGAUUUUGGAAUCAGUGGCCGUUUAGUUGAUUCCAAAGCAAAGACCAGAAGUGCAGGCUGUGCUGCGUACAUGGCUCCUGAAAGAAUUGAUCCACCAGAUCCAGAAAGGCCAGAUUAUGAUAUCCGUGCAGAUGUUUGGAGUUUGGGGAUCUCUUUAGUUGAACUUGCAACAGGUGAGUUUCCAUACAAGAACUGCAGAACAGAUUUUGAACUUCUCACAAAAGUGUUGCAAGAAGAGCCACCACUCCUCCCUCCCAACAAUGGCUUCUCACUAGAUUUUUGUUCAUUUGUAAGGGAUUGCCUAACUAAAGAUUAUAAGAAAAGACCUAAAUACAAGAAAUUAUUGGAACACCCGUUCAUAAAGAGAUACGAGAUCUUAAAUGUAGACGUGGCUGCUUGGUUUGCAGAUGUGUCUAAGUUAAUGAAUUCUUCAUAAGCCACUCUAAUCAUUUAACUUGUGUGUUUGCUAAGUAUGUGUGUGCGUAUAUCAGUGAUGACUGCUACCAGAAGGGUGAUUGUGUUGUAAGUACAAUGCUGUGGUGUAUUAAUGUACCACAUGUACACCACAUAACUCUGGCAGUUGACUGCAAUCAGGUGAGGCAGUCUGUUCAUUAUUUUUCCCAAUUUUCUUUCAAUUUUUUUUCUUUCAUUUUAACAUUCAUUCACCAUGGUUCCUGUACUCUCAGUUGCACAUUCAACCUAGGUUAUAGAACAUGAGCUGAAGAAGGUUUCAUAUAUAUAUACAUAUGUGGUUUUAUACAUUCAUACACACACAUAUAUGUAUGUAUGUAUAUAUUGUUUUACAACACACAGACACAUACACACUCACACAUAUAUACAUUUGCU